CUCCAGUGCAUUCACAUUGCUUCUAGUCGACAAUUUCGAGGCUGCUCGAACCCUAUCUACCAUACUUGCAGUCGCGUAGUGUUUUACUCCAGCCCUCAAUGUCACCAGACAAGUAUACUAUGCUUCUUACGGGUGCCAAUGGUGGACUAGGCUGUUCCAUUGUUGGUCGACUCCUCGAACGCUCCAAUCUUGCCAGAGACAUUUAUGGUCUCUACACUGUGCGCAAGCCCGCAUGCGCCCCUCAUAUCAACAACGUGUUGAAAAGCGCCGAUAAACUCCAGCAUAGAUACGAGAUUUCUAGCCUUGAAUUGGAGAGUCUUGCCAGUGUCCGUAAAUUUGCUGGUAACAUCAACGAGCGAGUUGAAAAUGGAUCGCUUCCGCCAAUUCGAGCAUUGAUAUUGAACGCAGGAUGGCAAGAGCAAACUACACAGAGUUUUACUUUGGAUGGCUUUGACAUGUCAUUCCAGGUAAACUACCUAUCGCAUUUUCUCCUGGUCUUGCUACUACUCAAGAGUAUGGACAUGGAUACUGGACGAAUUGUGGUGUUGAGCAGUUGGUCUCAUGAUACGACUCAUCCUAAUAACAAGCUCGGCUCAUCUGCGAACAUGUAUGCGCCAAAAGAAUUCGAGCAAAUAUUCAGCAAUCGGAAGAACAUACCUGUAGAUAUCGACAGUUUGGCAAAGGGCAGAUGGAGUUCGAAAGAUGAACAUCCUGGUGACGCCAAUGCAGGAAUAAGGCGUUACGGAGCGGCAAAGCUGUGCGAGGUCAUGAUGUUUCGAGAACUAUCCCGGCGACUUGCAACUGACGCAAGACUGUCUGGCAUAUCCGUACUUGCUAUUGACCCUGCAGCGAUGCCCAGCGAUCUCACUCGCCGUGGGGGAAUCUUCAUGCGUAUGUUGCUUGGCAAGGCGAUCCUGCCCACGCUUGCCCUCAUCGCAUCAGCUUGGAAUCCCAAUGGCAUGUUCAGGACUACCUGGAAAUCGGCAGGCGAUGUAAUGCUGGCAGCAUUCGAUACAGAGUUACUGGGAUAUCACCCAAAUGGUACCUAUCUUAACGGGUCCGAAAUUGCAGAUGUCGGUCCGGAAGCAAAAGAUGUGUACAAGUCGAAUCAACUAUGGUAUGAGAGUUUGAAGUAUGCACAGAUCGACAAUGGAGAUACCUUGUUGAUGGAUUGGCAAUGA